UGUUGUUGAUCAUCUUUGAAUUUGAAUUUUGAAUGAUGUUUUGAAUGUUUUGGUUUUGCUUAUUUGACGUGCUUUUGACUUUUGCGCUUUGGAGGGAACUGUGAAGUGUUUGUGUGGACCAAAGAAAUAUAUAAUAUAUUAUUCCAAGAGGUGUGGACUAAGAAAGAGUUUUUCAAUCCAUACAACUACAACAAAAAGUUUUCAGUAGAGAAGUUAAACCAACGUGUAUUUAUGGGAGUCCAAAGUUAUAAAAAAAUACCAAGAUUUUUAUCGUCCUACGUCUAGUCGUCUACUAAAGGUGGAUUUUAUUUUAUUUAGUAUGAACUCAUUACAAUCUUUGGAAGAAAACAUUAAAGCAAAUAACAAUUUCACGAAAUUUAUAAUCAAUUCGGAGGUGCCCGAUAUAUGUAAAUCAGAGGCAUGUAUGCUUGGAGUUGAUGAGGCAGGUCGUGGGCCAGUACUAGGUCCAAUGGUGUAUGGUGUUGCAUAUUGUCCACUAAGCCAAAAGGAAGUACUGCAAUCUCUUGGAUGUGCUGACUCGAAAGCUUUGACUGAAGAAAAACGUGAUGACAUUUUACUGCGAAUGCUUACAGAAGAAAAGGCUUGCAACAAUGUUGGAUGGAUUGCUGAAGUCAUAUCACCUAAUUACAUCUCCAACUCAAUGUAUAGAAGAGCAAAACACUCCUUGAAUGAGGUUUCAAUGAAUUCAGCAAUAAGUUUGAUCAAGAAAGUAAUAGAAGAAGGAGCAAAUAUAGCUGAAGUUUAUGUGGACACUGUUGGACCGCCUGAGAAGUAUCAGGCAAAGUUGAGCGAUAUCUUUCCUGGUAUAAAAAUUACUGUAGCAAAAAAGGCUGACUCAAUCUACCCUAUAGUAUCGGCGGCCAGUAUCGUGGCUAAAGUGACCAGGGAUCAUGCGCUCAAAGUGUGGCAGUUCCAGGAAGGACUACAGAUGGAUCACACGCAGUUCGGCAGCGGAUAUCCAGGAGAUCCGCUAACAAAGAAAUUUAUAAGAGAACAAAUAGACCAUGUAUUCGGAUACCCCUCACUUGUGAGAUUCAGUUGGUCCACCGCAGAGCUGAUGCUUCAAGAAAAGGCAGCUAAGUGCACAUUCGAAGAAGUAGAUGAUGAAGGCAAGAAGAAACCAAAUACCAAAUCGAUAAGCACAUUUUUCUCACCUAAAAACGAGAAGAAAAGAAAGAGGCACAAGUUUUUCGAGGAAAGACAUUUGACUGUGGAUAAUGCUUUUGAAUAGUAUUUUGUAAAUUGACUGACGCUCGAAUUUAUACCAUUUAUAAUUUCCAUACAAUUAAACGUUUUUACAGUUUUAUGUUUGCAUUACAUGAAUGGUUCGACCAUUCCCGUAAUGCAAACAAUACAAAAAAUAAAUCCAAUUGAUCAAGCGGUUCUCGAAUUUUAAUGAGCCUAAAAAAAUUCAAUUUAUUUAAAUAUGUAAAAGAAUUUCACAGUACUUUAUGUUAGUAAAAUAUCUAUUGCAUGUUUAUUAUUAUUUUUUUCAGACAUCAACUAAAAUAAAUAUUGUAAACAUUA